AUGCCACGACCGUCACUCCCCCUCCGCGCCACCCCGACCUCUUCCACUCUGCCCCUGCGCUCCCAGCGCGCUCGCCGCAACAAUGCACCACCCAUGACCCUCCUCCCGCCCAUACCCCUCUACCGCCGCCUCCUCCGCCUGCACCGCCAGAAACUGAACCCCGAAGAGCGCAUCUUUGGCGACACCUACCUCAAGGCGGAGUUCCGACGGCAUCGCAGCAUUGAGAAUCCGUUACAUAUCGUUGGGUUUCUUCAGCAGUGGCAGAGCUAUGGGGAGAUGAUUGAUAGGAAGGUCUCAAACGGGCAGAGCGGAGACGGGCAGGCGUGGAUCAUGAAGGGGAGUGAUGGAAAGGCAGGGUCGCAAGAAGAGUGGGCGAUGGAAGGAUUGUUGGAGAAGAUGAAUGACCAGCAGAUUGGACAGGUUUGGGAGUUGUAUAACGCGAUUCAGAAGAGGAAUGCGCCAGGCGAUGAUGCGCAGGACGGUGGUGGGCAGCUUGAGGUGGAGGGAGAUGUGACGCAUUUGGAUGGGAAGAAGUGA